UUAUUUAUACUCUUUUGUGCACAAAAAAUAAUUGUUAGUGAAUAAUAUUAAACAGCUACAUGAAAGCAUAUCGUCGUUGUUGUUAUUCAUACUAAAGGAUACAAGGAAUACAAAUUAAGGAUACGCGUCGAUCAUGAUUAUUAUGAAAUUCGUUCAAAGGCGGCAUAAAUCGACGUAAAAUGAAGCGUAGAAAAACUAGAAAUAAAACCACCAAACAAAUCACAUUACCUAGAGGAGGAAACAUGUCAUGGGAUUGCUAUAUAAAAGUUUCAAACUCUUGAAUAUAAUUCUGGAUUCCCUGGAAGAUCAAGAGGGUGGAGCUAUGUACAUAUCGUGCGAUGUCUCAAAUGGCGGUCCAGUGGAACCAGAAACGGGAUAUGUGCCCAACAAUCCAUUAUUCGGUCUGGCGUUGGAUAGUCCACAGCAAGAGUGUGCUGCAUCUUCCUGUGUUGGCUGUUUGUCCUGUCAAGGCAAUACCGUUUUGCCCAUCUCAUCGCUGACGUCCAACGACUUCGAUUGUGGCUCCUGUUUCGAUUCGACGUCGAGUGUUAUAGCCGGUGUCGGUAUUGUUGAAUCCACACAAAAUCACUUGCAACAACAACAGCAAGUAAGUCUCACUGGUAACAGCAGUACGAAUACCACCGCCAAUCACAACAACAAUAGCAACAACGCGGUCAGCUACUGGAGUACGGAUGAGAUGGCUUCAUCGUUCCCCGGAUUACCGCCAUUAGACAUCGAUCCCUUGCCUAGCCUCUUCCCCUUCUCACCGUGCGGUGCCUCAUAUAAUUUCUCCACUAACCCGCAUCAAGCAUCGCUCUCCUACACCGUCCAUCCGCAUCAGAUGCUCGUCUCACCCGGCGGUCAAGUCUCACAUCACAGCCAAAGUCAAACUCAAAGCACACCACAUGGCAAUUCACUUAGUUCCAGCGGCACACCAACAUCUUGUUAUUAUGAUCCCAGCAGUAGUGGCAUGUUAGGUGGAUCUGCGUCCGUCGGCAAUACGUGUAGUCAACACAUUAAUACGAGUGUUGCGCCGCCGCCGCCGCCACCAAUGUACCCCAGCAUGAGUGUGAACGUCAGCAUGAAUAUGACAAUGCAUGGUUACGGCGCGGAAGGUACGGUGCCUAUGCAAUGCUCGCAGAUGCAAUGGACGCCACCAAAUACCAACUCCUCCGUCAAUGUUCUCUACCCGCCACUACUUAGCCCAACACAUUAUCCACCUGCGGCCACAUAUUCCUUCACCGCCGAUUUUCGCACACCAACGCUACAGCAAUCCAGUCAGAGUCCAGGAGCUGGUGUUUUGCCUGCACUCACCGAUGCCGUCAUUGUCGAGGAGGACUCACCGUCACCGACAAGCGAUACAUCGCGUCAUCUAUUCGCCGCUGGCACAGAUCUUGCGCCUGACUUUGCAUCACCAACGAAGAGUCCUUACGAUGACGAUGAGGAUAGCAAUGAGGAGGGCUCCGACUCAAAGCCCAAUCUGUGUAGGCUUUGUGGCAAAACUUACGCACGCCCAAGCACGCUCAAAACACAUCUGCGAACUCACUCCGGUGAGCGACCCUACAGAUGCCCGGAUUGCAACAAGAGCUUUUCGCAGGCCGCCAAUCUGACGGCACAUGUACGCACACAUACCGGACAAAAGCCAUUCCGCUGUCCAAUUUGUGAUAGACGUUUCUCACAAAGUUCCAGCGUCACCACGCACAUGCGCACCCAUUCGGGCGAAAGACCAUAUCGUUGUUCUUCGUGCAAGAAAUCCUUUUCGGACAGUUCCACACUAACAAAACAUUUGCGUAUACAUAGCGGCGAGAAGCCAUAUCAAUGUAAAUUGUGUUUGCUCAGAUUCUCACAAUCGGGCAAUUUGAAUCGCCAUAUGCGUGUGCAUGGAACGAACCAAAAUAACGGUAGUAACAACGGCAAUGGUGGCAGCAAUUUGUUGACAUGACAAAAGGCGCGAAGUGGCGCCGCUUUUCAACAUUACUAUCCUCCAUACACCCACGGUGCUCACAACCUUUCACAUGGCCCACACGCCCAUGCCCAUGCCCACGCCCACGCCCACAAUCAUCCGCACAUGCAUAUACCGAGCAGUAAUUAUGAUUAUAGCAGCUAUGGCAUCAACGAUUACACUUCACCCGGAUCACAAAACUAUUCAGGGUAUUAUUUUUGUGCACUUAAUAAGCCCAAAAUGGAGCGAUUCUAUUAGCAAGAACACUAACAACAUAAAGAGAGAAAGUGAUUAAAAGCCGAGCAAUCGCCGAGGCAAACUUCGGUAAAUUAUAGUAAAAGGCUUAUAUAGGUGUACAUAACAUACAUAUGUACAUGUAUUAUGAGAAAUAAAUUAAAAAUAACAAAACCAAAAA